UAUUUAUGACUAUCAGGUCGAGCAGUUGGAAACUAGACAAUUCCGAAACUAAGCAAUUCCUGAUAAGGGUGACAAUGGCAAUCAUGCAAGGCUCGCUGGCUCUGACAACCACAAUCAAGUUGUUUUUAUCUCUCAGUGGAUUGAUUACAUAUCCAUUUUUACAUUAUGCUAUUUGUUCAUUUAUUCGUUGGAAGGCACCCUGGCUUGAUAAAGGACGCGCAUUCAGAAUCACAACCAGUACUGUCUCUGGCCUUCAAUCUGUGGUAAUAGUUGCCAUCUCAGCAAGAGCUGUUAUAAUGUGCAAAGAUAUAAUAAACGAUGAAGACAUCUUCAUUCAUGCUUUCAUAUGGUUUGCUGUAUCAUAUUUCCCAUAUGAUAUCAUAGUCAUGUUUAUUGGAAGCACAUAUGCAAACAAGAAUAAGAAGUUGCAUAUUACUCAUGGCAAAUCAUUCUUGAAAUUUUUCAAAAAAGAAACAGUUAUGGUUUUACAUCAUGUUAUCUUCCUUACUGUUGGAUUUCCAAUUGCAGAAUUUUACAAGAAGCAAAUUGGUGACUUCUUCCUUUGCUGUUUUCUCUUAGCAGAAGCAAGCACACCAUUUUAUUCUGCCAGGUGUAUUUUUAAGGAGCUGGAAAUCAGGAGCGGCUGGUUUUACGUAAUGAAUGGACUGUUGUUUUUGGUGGUCUUUCUUUUCUGCAGAGUUUUAUCCACACCACUUAUGUUUCUGAGGUAUUCAUAUUAUGCCAAUAUACCAUUUAUGCAAGUACCAUUCAACAUACCGUUCAAAUGCACCGCUGCCUGUAUAGUUUUCUUCUUAUUACAAUUUCACUGGUUUAGACUCAUUUGCCUUGCUGCUAAGAAUCACGUUUUUAAAAAAGAAAAAAGUAACAGCCUCAUUCUUAUGGAAGACAGAAAUCUAAGCAAGAAAUCUGUGGAAGACAAGCAAUGUGGUUCUCAUCUUACCAAUGGACAUUUGAAAACAACAUGAAUGAUAACAAGAAAGCAAAUUAUGUUAUCUUGAUGAUAGUAUUUAAAAAUGGUUGAAUUUCAUGUAAAGUUUAAAGAUUACUAAUAUUUAAAUUCGCACAAAUAUUUCAAAGAAAAGUUGAAUGUCUUUUCAACAUCAGAUUUUUAUCAUUUGAUCACGCAGGGAAGCAAUACAAAAAAAUUUAUUGCCUAGUGGCCUUAACGAUUAAUUCAUGAAAUGAUGCAAUGCCUGCCAUAUGGAAUCAUUGGUGAUAAAAUUUGAUAGUAUUUUUAAAUAUCUAAAAUUUUGAUAUAGUAUAAAUGUUUUGAUAAUGAAUAGAAUUUUUGAGAAUAAGCCUGCAUUUGAAUUAUAGUUAUUGCAUAUGAUCCAUUUUAAAGAGUGGUUUGGUGAUGAUAAUAUAAAAAUAAGCAUCUUCUUAGCUAGAACUUGAUAAUGGUGUUAUGAAAUUCAAGCACUGAUACAAAA